AUGGCGCUACCCGGCCUCGCACAAGACCAGGCUUGGAGCCUGGACCCUCCCACUCCCACGGCCCCUGCCUCCUCCUCCUCCUCCUCGGGCUCCCGGGAGCGGGAGGACGCUGAGAGCCCCGUGGUCUCCGGGGGCCUUCCCUUGGAGAAGGUGAAGCGACCCAUGAACGCGUUCAUGGUGUGGAGCUCCGCUCAGCGCCGCCAGAUGGCGCAGCAAAACCCAAAGAUGCACAACUCGGAGAUCUCCAAGCGCCUGGGCGCGCAGUGGAAGCUGCUGGGCGAGGACGAGAAGCGGCCCUUCGUGGAGGAGGCCAAGCGGCUGCGGGCCCGACACCUGCGCGACUACCCCGAUUACAAGUACCGGCCACGGCGCAAGACGAAGAGCGCGGGAGCUGGGCUGCCCCAUUUCUGCCCGGGAAGCGGCGGUGUGGCUCUCUGGGGGCCAGGAUACGCUGCCACCCAUGGGAGCAGAGGCUUUGGGUACCAGCCCCCCAACUACUCGACAUCCUACUUGCCUCGUGGUUUCAUCUCUUCCCACUCUAAACCGGAGGCCUCAACGUGCUCCCUCCAUCAGAGUAACCCUAGGCUCCAGGGGGAACUGCUCCCCCCUUAUAAUCCCUACCCACCCCCAGGCACUUCUACUCCCUACAACCCUCCCCUCUCAGGGGCCCCCAUGCCGCUGGCCCACCUCUAG